UGUUGACAUUGUAAAAAAAAAAAGGGCAAUCAGAAAUAAAUGGGCAAUCGCUAGGAGGCGGAGUUCAAGUUCUUGCAGAUUUCAAGCAAUUUCAAUCAGAAAUAAAUGGGCAAUCGCAAAGCUCCGGCAAUCGGAGUUCUUCUUCUGCUGCUGCUAGUCUUACCAUUUAUAGUAUCAGCUCGCAUCAAUACUGUUCUAACACAGAGCUUAAAGAAUUUCUCUUCCUCCCCGUUUCCGCCAAAAUUUUUCUUUGGCACUUCUUCUUCUUCUUAUCAGUAUGAAGGGGCAUAUUUAACUGAUGGAAAAAGUCUCAGCAACUGGGAUGUUUUUACCCAUAAACCAGGAAAUAUAGUGGAUGGAAGCAAUGGAGAUGUUGCUGCUGAUCAAUACCAUCUCUAUCAGGAAGAUGCAGAAUUAUUGGCAUCUCUUGGGGUUAACAGUCACAAGAUUUCAAUUUCAUGGUCGCGCGUCUUACCGAAAGGAAGACAUGGAAAAGUUAACUGGAAAGGGAUCAACUUCUACAAAAAUCUCAUCAAUGCCCUCCUACUCAAAGGAAUUGAACCAUUUGUAACAAUUAAUCAUUAUGAUCUCCCUCAAGAACUUGAGGACAGAUAUCAAGGCUGGCUGAGCUCCGUGAUGCAGGAAGAAUAUGCAUAUUUUGCCGAGGUUUGCUUCAAGAAUCUUGGGGAUCAUGUUAAGUACUGGAUUACCUUCAACGAGCCGAAUGUGUGGGUCAUUCUUGCUUAUCAGAAUGGGUUGUGGCCGCCAAAUAGAUGUUCGGAACCACACGGGAACUGUAGUCAAGGAGAUUCUGUGCAGGAGCCACUAGUUGCAGGCCACAACAUGAUUCUUGCCCAUGCCUCUGCUGUCAGUAUUUACAGAAAUAAGUACCAGCAAGUGCAAGGAGGUCAAAUAGGAAUCGCGGUGCUUUUUUACUGGUUUGAACCGAUUAGCAACUCCACAGCAGACAAAGCAGCAGCUGAGAGAGGUCUAUCCUUCAUGUCAAACUGGUUCUUGGAUCCAAUCAUAUUCGGAACAUAUCCACAAGAAAUGAAGAAUCUUUUACUUUUACCUGAAUUUUCAAGCCAGGACUUGGAAAAGCUAAAAGCUGGGUUAGAUUUUAUCGGGAUCAACCAUUACACAACCUAUUAUGCCCAAGAUUGCUUGUUUUCUACAUGUGAAGCAUCUAUGACGGGAAACACCAGGGAAGAAGGCUAUGUUGGGAAAAGUAUGUCAAAGAAUGGUGUCCUUAUUGGAGAACUGACAGGAUUGAGUUAUCUGGAUGUUUAUCCACUAGGAAUGGAGAAACUAGUAUCUUACGUGAAAAAAAGAUUCCCAAAUAUACCACUUUAUGUAACAGAAAACGGUUAUUGUGACACAAUGGCUUCAAAUUCUGGCAUUGAAGAAAUUUUGAAUGAUACAAAGCGGGUCAAAUUCUUGUCCGAUUAUUUACACUCCCUGGGAACUUCCAUAAGGAAAGGAGCAGAUGUGAGGGGAUAUUUUGUAUGGUCAUUGUUCGAUAACAUUGAGUGGACUUAUGGGUACUCAAAGCGGUUGGGGCUAUAUUAUGUUGACCGCGUAACACAAAAGAGAACCCCAAAAUUAUCAGCAAAUUGGUACAAGAAAUUUAUUACAGAGAACCAAAGAGUUGAAAGCAGCAAUAUGCUGAAGAGGAAUUGGUAAAAUGUGUAGUCAUUUCUUCCUAUUGUACAAGGUGUGUGCGGGCUUUUGUGUCACCUUUUGAACUGUUAUCACUUUAUAUGUAUUGUGUAUGCAAUAAAUGAUAAAAUGCACUAUUUUUUAUAUUAUUGUGUGAACCAAUGUUUUGAAAAUGUGCCCAGAUAGCCCCGUUAGCUGUUAGCAUGUCCAAGAGCUUGACGGUCACUAGUGUAGCUGGUGGGUUAUGAAGGAUAUCAUGGGUUAUUGUUAAUGUACUUUGAAUAUGCUCACACUUCGAUUCCUAUCCGGUAGUACAUAAUAGAUCUAGACUAUGUACUUCAGUUUGGACUUUGGUUAUCUACUUGGGCUUUGUCAGUAAGCUAUGAAUGUUUUUAAUUGGACUCUAAAUUUGUCGGUCUGGUAGAUGAAUAUUCUAUGUGUAUAUGUUUGGCCUGGACGCCUGGUAGAUGUUUGUUCUAUGUGUGUUUUACACCUAUCAAAGUUUGGUUUGCCC